GACCGAGACUAGCUGACAGGCGCGCGAUGCUGGCGACGCUGGCGAGGGUGGCGGCUCUGCGGAGAACCGGCCUCCUCUCCGGCCGGGGUGGCGGGAGGGGGCUGUGGACAAGCCACCCGCAGUCAGAUAUGGACAAUAUAAAGCCAUUGGAGGGUGUAAAAAUUCUGGAUCUAACAAGAGUCCUGGCAGGACCUUUUGCUACUAUGAAUUUAGGAGAUCUUGGAGCAGAAGUCAUAAAAGUGGAGAGACCAGGAACUGGUGAUGAUACACGAACUUGGGGGCCACCUUUUGUGGGGACAGAAAGUACAUAUUUUCUCAGUGUUAACCGAAAUAAAAAAAGUAUAGCUGUUAAUAUCAAGGAUCCAAAAGGGGUGAAAAUCAUCAAAGAGCUUGCAGCUGUUUGUGAUGUAUUUGUGGAAAACUAUGUCCCUGGCAAACUGUCUGCUGUGGGCCUGGGAUAUGAAGAUAUUGACAAGAUCGCUCCUCACAUCAUCUAUUGUUCCAUCACAGGGUAUGGUCAGACAGGUCCGAUGUCUCAGCGAGCUGGUUAUGAUGCUGUUGCCGCUGGUUCUGGUCUGAUGCACAUCACAGGGCCUGAGGAUGGAGAUCCAGUUCGCCCAGGAGUGGCUAUGACUGAUCUUGCCACUGGCCUGUACGCAUAUGGAGCCAUUAUGGCUGGACUGAUACAAAGAUAUAAAACUGGAAAAGGACUGUUCAUUGAUUGUAACCUACUGUCAUCUCAGGUGGCCUGUUUGACCCAGGUAGCUGCUAAUUAUCUUAUGGGCCAAAAGGAGGCGAAACGCUGGGGUACAGCUCAUGGCAGUAUUGUUCCUUAUCAGGCUUUUAAAACCAAGGAUGGCUAUUUUGUAGUUGGAGCUGGAAAUAAUGAACAGUUUGCUACUGUGUGCAAGAUCUUGAAUUUGCCUGACUUGAUUGAUGACUCCAAGUACAAAACUAACCACCUUCGGGUACAGAAUAGAAAAGAGCUUAUUAAAAUACUAUCUACACGGUUUGAAGAAGAACUGACCAGCAAGUGGUUAUAUCUCUUUGAAGGCAGUGGGAUACCAUAUGGCCCAAUCAACAACUUGAAGAAUGUAUUUGCAGAACCCCAGGUCUUGCACAAUGGCCUCGUCAUGGAGAUGAAGCAUCCGACUGUGGGGGAGAUUUCAGUCCCAGGCCCAGCUGUGAGAUACAGUAAGUUCAAGAUGUCAGAGGCCAGGCCUCCUCCCCUGCUCGGGCAGCACACGAUGCACAUCCUGAAGGAGGUCCUCCGAUACGAUGACAGGGCCAUCGGGGAGCUGCUCAGCAGUGGCGUGGUGACCCAACACGAAGCUGAGUAACAAAGGAAAAAUGCUCUUUCUCAAAGCCACAGUCUGAGUACACUUUGCUGGCAAAGGCGAUGCUAUGUCUGGACCCUUACCCCAAUCCUGAUGCCACUGAAAGGAAGGGUUAGAGGAACUCCAGAUUUCCUGCCUGGCAUUUUCACAGUGGCCUUGGUAUUAAUGAGUCUAGUGCCUUUUAAAUGUACCCUACCUUUUAUUCCCUACCAUUUUUUUUUCAUUUAAUGGUAUAAUUGUGGAUUUGUGGGAUUUUUUUGAAUAAAGAUUUAAUUUUUUUCCUGGAAAAA